CUGACAUAUUUCACCGUAUAAUUUUUUUCUUUUGUCUAUUUUAAUUAAAUUUUGGCCAACAGUGAUGUUAUUUUGAGUCAGGUCAUUUAGCACAUCGUAAUUACUGGGUUUAGAGAGAGGUUUGAAGAAGGCGUUAUGUCGCCGGAUGAGGAAGAAAAAUCAUUUUUCGUCUACCAAACUCAGUAGUCACUAUUUUAUACAUGUGUGAACACAUUUUUUACAUUUAUACUUGAUGUGUAUAGCUAAAGACGGUUACCAGCGUGAUUACAGAUGUCUGACGGCUGCUGACUGCAUGAUGGAUAGUUUUGAUCAUUUUCUUGUGAACUCAUUCUUUAGUGUCCCAUAUUAAUCACUGGUUCGAAGAAGUAUUGUUUUUAGGCAUCUUAAAAGGCCAUCAUGGCUCGUGGGCAGCAGAAGAUUCAGUCUCAACAGAAGAACGCCAAGAAAGCAGCUGAGAAGAAGAAAACUCAAGGAGCAGAUCAGAAGACUGCAGCCAAAGCAGCUCUGGUGCACACAUGUCCUGUAUGCAGGACACAGAUGCCAGACCCCAAGACGUUUAAACAGCAUUUUGAAAGCAAACACCCAAAGUCUCCUAUGCCUCCUGAGCUGAUGGAUGUGCAAGCUUAAAGGACUCAAGCAAUAAACAUGGACCUAAAACAGGGACCCUGUGGUAAGAGCCAUGACUCAACUCGCUGUAUUACACAAACAUCGACCAUGGCAGAUGUGGACAGGAUGACGAGAUCUUAGAAUGGACUCAAGCACACCAGCACUAAUUUGGGUUUUUUAUAUUUUUAUAUGUGCAUAUUACCUCCAUCUUUUCAAAGUAAUAAAAAGUAACUAUUUAUUCACCACUAAUGGCAAACCAUCUGAUCCUUCACCCUGUGGUUUUUGUCCUUGUGAGUUUGAUUUUUAGAAUAUUAUUAGGUGCUGUACACCAUAUUUUCUAAAAGAUAUCUGAAAAUGCCUGUAAAUGCCUUGAUCUUUUAACUGUGAAACUAUAUUGAGAGAUGCACCUGUGUGCAUUAUUAAUAAUAGUGACCAGGAUUGGGAUUGAAUUGCAUUGAUUGCUUGAAAUGAUCACAAAUGCGAUUAGAAACGUACCUGUUAAAGUAGACGGAACAAUAUGAUAUUGAAUCAGUGCCCAUGCUUUUGUUACUUUUGUUUUCAAUAAAUGUAUAUGCAUAUAAUCAA